GUAGAUGAGCAACCAGUCCAUAAGAAAGCAAAACAUCCGGAGGAGCCAAUAAGGGUCUGGAGAUCAUUAUUUUCAUUAGAAUGAAGCGAUUCUUUCAGGCAGUCCAAAAAGACACUUCUUUCAAGAAACCCAAUCUCUCUUCUUCUUCUUCUUCUACAGCCAUUGAAUCAAUAACAGUUGUUGAAAACGAAGAAGAAAACAAAACCCAGAAAAAAGAGCCCACAAAGUUCUUGACUUGGAAUGCAAACAGCUUUCUUCUCAGAAUUAAAAAUAAUUGUCCUGAAUUCACUAAGUUUAUUGAUGAUCUUGAUCCUGAUGUCAUUGCCAUACAGGAAGUAAGGAUGCCCGCAGCUGGUUCCAAAGGUGCUCCGAAAAACCCAAGAGAGUUGAAGGACGAUAACAAUGCUUCACGAGAAGAAAAACUGAUUAUAACACGAGCACUAUCAGGCCCCACCUUUAGAAAAUAUGAUGUAUGGUGGUCUCUUUCUGAUUCAAAGUAUGCUGGAACCGCAUUGUUUGUAAAGAAAUGCUUUCCACCAAGGAAGGUUUCCUUUAAUCUAGAUGGCUCGGUUUCCAAGCAUGAGGCAGAUGGCAGAGUUAUAAUUGCUGAAUUUGAAUCAUUCCGUAUAAUGAAUACAUAUGUACCGAAUAAUGGCUGGAAAGAUGAAGAAACGUCAUUCCAAAGGAGAAGAAAAUGGGAUAAAAGAAUUAAGGAGUUCAUCUUGAAAUCUACAGAUAAAUCCCUCAUCUGGUGUGGUGAUCUUAAUGUUAGCCAUGAAGAGAUUGACGUUAGUCAUCCAGAUUUUUUUCAAAGUGCAAAACUCAAUGGUUAUAUUCCUCCAAAUAAAGAGGACUGUGGGCAGCCUGGCUUUACCUUGUCUGAGAGGAAGCGUUUUAGUUCCAUUCUAACAGAGGGAAAGCUAAUAGAUGCAUACAGAUAUCUCCACAAUGACAAAGAUAUGGAGCGUGGCUUCUCAUGGUCUGGCAACCCUAUUGGAAAGUAUCGUGGUAAAAGGAUGAGGAUAGACUAUCACUUGGUGUCGGAAAAGCUUAAGGAUAAGAUUGUCAAAUGCGAGAUGCAUGGGCAAGGGAUUGAAUUGGAAGGAUUUUAUGGAAGUGACCAUUGUCCUGUUUCGCUUGAGCUUGCGGAGCCGGAACCUAAUGCUAACCAAAGUGAAAUUGUGAACCCAGAAUGAUGCUAGUGCAGACACAUAUUAGUGCUUUUCAUUAGAGUGGGUUUAGUGCUAAAUUUGUUGUUGUAGGUUUGAUGUUCUGGUGUAGGUGGUUGUAUCUAUCAAUCAUUAAUCAGAAACCUACUUGGGAAUUACUGAAAUCGAAUUCUAGGGUACUUGUAGCAAUUACCUUGAUCUGAUUCCAUUUUGGUGGUACUACCAUUAGAUGUUGCAUUUCA